AUCAUUUUUUGAAACCUGCUUGUAAUUGUACCUUCAGUCUCUAGAUGACGCCCUUCUAUCGUGCCUGACUCAUGCAUGCUUUUGCCUUUCUGUGUCAGUGGAAUUAGAGAACUGGGUUAGAGCAGAGAGCUCUGCAGGUUUGUGUGCCUGUGAAGAGGAGAAAAGCAGAGAUGCUGCAUGGCUGUGUGAGUCUGUGAGAGAAAAAAAAGAGACGCCAAAAGAGAGAAAAACAGGGGGGAGAGAGAGAGGGGGAGCGAGAAGCAGCGGUCGAAUGGGAAUAGAGAUGUAGGAAUCCAAGCUGACAGCAUCCUUAAUAGAGCAUGAUUAACUCAGCAAGAGAAGCAGAGUGCUCCCGGAUUACAGCAGCAGUAUAGCCUCCAUUUUUGCUACUGCAUUUUGAGGAUUGGCUUACAAUGUCGACAGAACAUCUAUUUCUGGAAGCAGUUUUUCUGGCGGAUCGUCGAAUAUGUUUAAGAUGGUGGAUCGGGGUUUUUUUGCUUCUCUCUCAUUUGUGUUUUUCACUGGGAGAAGUGCGUUACGUGCUUCCAGAGGAGAUGAAAGUGGGCUCUGUCAUUGGAAAUGUUGCACGAGAUCUUGGACUGGAGGUGUCGCAGCUCGAUGCUCGUCGAGCGCGGGUUGUUGCAGAAGGAACCAGUCAGCUGUGUGAGCUGGACCUGGCAACAGGAAAUCUCUUGAUCAGCCAACGAAUAGACCGAGAGGAGUUGUGUGCGCAAGUUACUGUUUGCAUCCUGCAGUUCCAGCUUUUACUUGAAGACCCUCUUCAAGCAUCCAGCUUGGUUUUGGACAUAACCGACAUAAAUGACAACAGCCCAGUUUUUACUGCAGGAGAGAUAAACCUCGAUUUGGUUGAAUCUACUGUUCUGGGACGACGAUUUCCUUUGGAGAGCGCACAUGACCCUGAUUUGGGCAGGAACUCUAUCCAGGAAUAUAAGCUGAACCAUAAUGACCAUUUUGCACUAGAAUUGAGCACCCAGAUAAAUGGGAAUUCCUAUCCUGAACUAGUUCUCAAAAAGCCAUUGGAUCGAGAGGCACAAGCCGAACAUGUACUGAAAAUCAUUGGGAUUGAUGGGGGGGAACCCAACAGAUCAGGAACUGCUUCUAUUCAUAUUCGGGUCUUGGAUGCUAAUGAUAAUGUCCCAGUUUUUAGCCAACGAGUUUACAAAGCAUCUGUGCAAGAGAACUCUGCCAUUGGGACUGUCAUCAUAACCUUAAAUGCUACAGACUCAGAUGAUGGUGUCUAUGGAGAAAUAACAUACUCUUUCACACAUCUUUCUGACAAACUGGCUGGAGUGCUUGAAAUCAACUCUCAGACUGGAGAAGUGCGUGUGGUGGGCAUCAUUGACUACGAAGAGGCUAGCUCGCUUGAGCUUGAUGUUCAAGCUAAAGAUGGUGGUGGACAGGCUUCUCACUGUAAACUUAUAAUUGAUGUGAUUGAUGUGAACGACAACAAACCAGUGAUAGAGGUAAAGUCUGCCUCUCCUAAUGUGGCCGAGGACUCCAAACCAGGAACCAUGGUUGCUUUGAUUAAUAUUUAUGACCUAGACACAGGCAGUAGUGGUCAUGUCACAUGUUCAAUACCAGACUAUGUUCCCUUUAAAUUAGUUUCAGAAGUUAAAAACUAUUAUAUGUUAGUGACUGAUGAGAUGCUGGACAGAGAAAUACAGUCAGAGUAUAACAUUACUUUAACUGCCACUGAUGCAGGUUUUCCAUCUCUUUCAAGUGUGACAGUUUUAUCAAUUCUAGUAAGUGAUGUGAACGACAAUGCUCCAACGUUUUCACAGAGUGAGUACAAUGCUAACAUUUUGGAGAACCAACCAGUUGGCACUUUUGUUAUUCAAGUCAGUGCGCAAGAUAGUGACAAAGGAUCAAAUGCAAAAAUAAUGUAUCACAUAUUAAAGGACAUGAAUUUAGACGCGUCAUCCUUUCUUAUAGUAAACUCAGACACAGGAGAACUCUUCACAUCCCGCCGCUUUGAUUAUGAACAGUCAGUUCAUUUCCAGAUAAGAGUGGCAGCCCUUGAUAGAGGCGAGCCUCAACUUUCCACUACCUGUACUAUAAAUGUUUUUGUGAAAGAUCAAAAUGACAAUGCACCUGUCAUUCUUUAUCCAGUUCAAACUUCUGACUACAUCGCAGAAGAUAUGGUGCCAGUUGAAGCACCAAGAGGCUACCUGGUGACCAAGGUGGUAGCUGUGGAUGCAGACUCUGGUCACAAUGCAUGGCUCUCUUACAGAAUAAUUAAAGCAACCCGGCCUGGCCUAUUUAUGGCAGAUCUUCACACUGGUGAAAUCAGAACUCUCCGAGCAUUCAUGGAGGACGAUGAACCAAAACAAACACUGUCAGUUUUAGUAACUGAUAACGGGCAUGAGGCUCUCUCUGCGACGGCAACGGUCAGUAUAACACUCGGUGAUGGCCUGCCGGUUUUAAAAGAGCAUUUUGAGUUUGUAGAUGAAUCACAGAACAGUGACGAUUUAACGCUCUAUUUAAUCAUCGCUCUUUCAGUCGUUUCACUCUUGCUCAUCCUCUUAAUCAGCGCAGUGAUUUAUUUUAAGCUCUGCCGGCGUGGCUAUGUUUACCGAUCAACCACGGCCAAUCUCCCAGUGUUCCCAUCCACUUACUACUCCACUGGUUUUGCAGAUUUUAGUCGUUGUGGGACUUUGCUGAAAGAUGAUCGAUAUGACCCCUUUAUGACUACUGGUUCAUGGAGAGGCGAUUUCCGUUUUGGAGGAAACACAGACACCGACACACUAAAAAAAAGAAGUGCAGUCUAUCAAAAAAAUACAGUAAGGCGCCUCAGCACUGACAGAGCCAGUCUGAAGGCCAGAGCUGGUCCCCAGCAUCCGUGUUACGUUUUUAAGUAAAAGUUUGUCGUCAUUUAAAAAAUUAUAUGAUAGGUACUUGUAAUAUCAGUACUGAAUUUAAUGUGCACUAUUUUGUUUUGACUGGAGUUAAUCUAAUUGUGAUUUGUGGUAUAAAUAUUAAGUGCAAAAAUUGUCAAUGGUUGAUUAUUUUUGGUAUUUUUUCUGCAGAAAUAUUUAGGCAUGAAAAUAUAGAUUUACGUUUCUUUUUUUGUGACAUAAUCUGUAUUUCUACUGGCUUUGAUCAUGGAAAACAAAAUUAUGUCCACUGAUUUGUAUUUUUUUAAUAAAAUUAUGCAGAAAUCAAGUUAUUAAGCAUUUGCGCACGUUGUUGUGAUUAUGAAUAUUGCUAUAGUUUUUGUUUUCUUGUUUUUUUUUUUUUUAAUUCACUGAUGUAUAAUUAGGCUAACCUUAUUUUUCUCCAGCAUAAUCUAUCUAACAUUUUGUAUAGUUUUUUUUAUUUUUUUUCUGUUUUAUUGUUAAAGUUGUAUGUUGUAUACUUAUAUAUUGCAGUUUAGGGUUAUCUCUUUCCUCUGACAAUCAUAAAUUAUUAUUCACUCUUUAAACUUCCGUGAUAUUUUUCUCAUUUGAUAUAUAGGAGAAAGUAUUUUUUUUCUUUUGAUUUCACUAUUUGAGGUUAGUGUUGAAGUCUCUGGAGUUGGAUGUUUUGUUAUAUGUAAUAUAAGAAGCUUUGAUGCAUGUUUUGUUGCACAUGUUAACUUAGGAUCUACACGUGACCACGUCUUAUCAUUCUCGUUAAAAACAACCUCACAGUUUGAUGUCUGACAAAAAAAAAAAAAAACACAAGCUUUGCUAUUCCAACCAAACUCAUAAAGUGAAAAGUAUGUAAAGGAUGAAUGCAUCUACUAAAAAAAAUAAACUUUCCAAAAAAGA